AUGUAAGACGACCCAACAUUAUUUACAACUCUAAAAGGACAUAAGGAUACUAUUACAGCAUUGUCAUUUCAUCCUGGAUUAAAAUCAAUAGCAUCAAGUGCCAAUGAUGGUGUAGUGUCUGUGUGGUAAUUGAAAUAACCAAGGAAGGUUUACAGAUUUAUGGGUCAUAAAGGCUAAGUAAGUGAUGUUCAAUUCUCUCCAAAUGGACUAUUGAUUGCAUCUUGUGCUAAAGAUGAGACUAUAAGACUUUGGAAUAAUACAGUUGAAGGAAGUUCAAUUUCAAUAAAGGCACAUUCAGCUCCAGUCAGAAGUGUUCAAUUUUCUUGUGAUGGUUAAUUAUUGGUGAGUUCAAGUGAUGAUAAAUCUGUCAAAGUUUGGAGUGUUAAUGAUCGUAAAUUUCAAUAUGGAUUCCAGCAUACAAAUUGGGUUAGGAGUGCUGUGUUUUCAUAAGAUGUUAGAUUGAUAGCAUCAGGAGGUGAUGAUAGAGCAGUUAUUAUUUGGGAUUGUGAUUCAAAAAAAGAAGCUUAAAGAUAUAAUGAACACAUUGGAGUAGUCUAUAAGGUUCAAUUCUCACCAGAUUCAACAAUAUUGGGAUCCUGUUCUCAUGAUAAAAAAUUGAAAUUGUUUGAUGUAAGAUCAAAGAGAGUUAUCUAACAUUAUGAUGCUCAUGCAGAUUCAGUCUUGGAUUUGAAAUUUCAUCCAUCUGGAUAGUUUGCUAUGACAUCUGGAGCUGACAGUAAGGUCAAAGUAUGGGAUCUAAGAAUGGGAAAAUUGGCAUAUACUCUUUAUGGUCAUAAUGGCCAAGCUACUACUUGUGCAUUUUCUAAUCAUGGAGAUUAUUUUGCUACUGGAGGAUCUGAUAGUAUGAUUUUAGUUUGGAAUACUAAUUGGGUAUGCAGUGGUCAGGAAUCCUUGGAUGAAAAGCCUAAGUAAGUAAAAUCGAAACCCAUUCAACAGACAUAAACAUAAGGAUAACAACAAUCAUCAUAACAGAAAGAAAAUGUUUAAUAAACUAAUAGUUAAUUACCUAAAUAAAAGGAAACUGUUCUAUAUUCAAAUGCAGACAAUAGUUUACAUAAGAAGAGUGAAUUCAAUUAAAGUGUGUAAUUAUAGAAGGAGGAUGUUCCAGCUGAAGUUAUCACUCAAUUAGACAAUAUCAGUGGUUAGUUGGAAUUAAUUACAAGGACUUUAUAAGCCCUUGAGUAGAGAGUUUCCAAUAAUGAAUAACAAAUUUGCAGACUCAAUCUUGCAUUGACUAGGGAUUUUGAAAGAAGUGAACAAAUCUAAAAUCAAAUCUAUGAUUUGAAACCCUUAGAAGAACAAGUUUAGGAUUAGGAUGAAGAAGAAAAUAUUAAUUACAUCAAAUUUCAUCGUGCAGCUAACAAUUGAUUUAAUUUAAUUUUAAAUAUAUAAUAAUUUAUUUUAAAA